AUGCUUCGAAUCCAGCGUGCCGGGCGUCUGUCCUCGAGGGCCCUUCUCCCUCUGCUCCCACAAACGGCACAGCGCAGCGCCUCGUCCUCGUCGAAGAAGCCUGAAAGCGAGCUCAACAGCGUGUCGAGACAUGUCACCCAGCCUAUCUCGCAGGGCGCCUCGCAGGCCAUGCUCUAUGCCACCGGCCUGUCGACAGAGGACAUGUCCAAGGCGCAGGUUGGCAUCUCCAGCGUCUGGUACAACGGCAACCCAUGCAACAUGCAUCUGCUCGACCUAAGCAACAGGGUACGGGCCGGCGUGCAGAAGAGCGGCCUGAUUGGAUACCAGUUCAAUACCAUUGGGGUCAGCGAUGGCAUCAGCAUGGGCACCAAGGGGAUGCGCUACAGCCUGCAGAGCCGAGACCUGAUCGCGGACUCGAUCGAGACGGUCAUGGGCGGUCAGUGGUACGAUGCUAACAUCAGCAUCCCGGGCUGCGACAAGAACAUGCCUGGCGUCGUCAUGGCAAUGGGCAGAGUCAACCGGCCGAGUCUGAUGGUCUACGGAGGCACCAUACGUCCUGGCUGCGCAGCUACUCAGGGCAACGCAGAUAUCGAUAUCGUCUCGGCGUUCCAGGCCUACGGCCAGUUUCUGACGGGCGAGAUCAGCGAGGAACAGCGCUUCGAUAUCAUCCGGCAUGCUUGUCCUGGUGGCGGUGCCUGUGGUGGAAUGUACACGGCCAACACCAUGGCUUCGGCCAUCGAAGUGAUGGGCAUGACCCUGCCGGGCUCUUCGUCGAACCCGGCCGAGUCAAAGGCUAAGUUCAUCGAGUGUGAAGCGGCCGGAGGCGCUAUCAAGAACCUUCUGGUUGAAGAUAUCCGGCCGUCCGACAUCCUCACUCGCCAGGCCUUUGAGAACGCCAUGGUCUUGGUGACGGUGACUGGAGGCUCGACCAACGCAGUUCUGCAUCUUAUCGCCAUUGCAGACUCUGUAGGAAUCAAGCUAACCAUAGACGACUUCCAAGCCGUCAGUGACCGGGUCCCUUUCCUCGCGGACCUGAAGCCGUCUGGCAAAUAUGUCAUGGCUGAUCUACACAAUAUCGGUGGAACCCCGUCCUUGAUCAAAUUCCUGCUCAAGGAGGGCCUCAUCGACGGCUCAGGCAUCACGGUGACGGGUCAGACGCUGGCCAAGAACGUUGAGAAGUUCCCUGACUUCCCGUCUGACCAGAAGAUCAUCAGGCCGCUCUCUGAUCCCAUCAAGCCAACGGGUCAUCUACAGAUCUUGCGUGGUAGUCUUGCGCCUGGAGGCAGUGUUGGCAAGAUCACCGGCAAGGAGGGCACACGGUUCGUCGACGACUUUAUUGCUGCAUUGGAGAACAAGGAGAUCAAGAAGGACGAGAAGACUGUCGUUGUUAUUCGAUAUACUGGUCCCAAGGGCGGUCCAGGCAUGCCAGGCACCGGUGGCUCCCACGGCUUUUUGAUUGGCCAUAUCGUCCCCGAGGCCGCCGUGGGUGGCCCCAUUGGACUCGUUGAGGACGGUGAUCAGAUCACGAUCGACGCUGAGAAUAGGCUUCUUGACCUUGAUGUUGCCGAGGACGUGCUUGCACAGCGUAGGGAGAAGUGGUUGGCUCGAGAGCAGGCUGGUCAAGGCCGGCCUACCGGACUGACUAUGAGAGGCACACUGGGGAACUAUAUACGCGAAAUUUGGUUUAAGAAGGGUGUGAAAAAAAAAGCCGCUCUUGCACCAGGCAUAGGAGGGUUGAAAGAAGAAAAGCAAGAGGUAAAAAAGAAGAAGAAGAAGAAAGAAAGAAAGAAAGAAAGAAAAAGAAAAAAGAAAGAGAAAGAAAGAAACGAAUGUGAGGGUAUCGAAUACAACAGAAAAAAUAAGAAAAAAGAAGAAAAAGUCCUUUGUCCUUUGAUCCAGAUUGUUCAUCAACCAGCCAACCAGUAA